AUACAGAGGAUGCCAGUGAAACUGACCUGGCAAAACACGAGGAAGAGGACUUUGUAGAAAUGAAAGAACAGAUGUAUCAGGACAAACUGGCAUCUCUGAAGAGGCAAUUACAACAGUUGCAGGAAGGCACUCUUCAGGAAUAUCAGAAAAGAAUGAAGAAGUUGGACCAGCAGUACAAAGAAAGGAUACGGAAUGCAGAACUGUUCCUUCAGCUUGAAACAGAUCAGGUGGAAAAAAAUUACGUCAAGGAAAAGAAGGCAGCAGCAAAGGAGUUUGAAGAUAAGAAAAUUGAACUUAAGGAAAAUUUGAUUGCAGAGUUGGAAGAGAAAAAGAAGAUGAUUGAGAAUGAAAAGCUGACCAUGGAAUUAACGGGAGAUUCAAUGGAAGUGAAGCCUAUUAUGACAAGGAAACUGAGGCGACGACCAAACGAUCCAGUUCCUAUCCCAGACAAGAGGAGGAAACCUGCCCCUGCUCAGCUAAAUUAUUUGUUGACUGAUGAGCAAAUAAUGGAGGACCUGAGAACACUGAAUAAGCUUAAAUCACCCAAGAGACCAGCCUCUCCCUCCUCUCCCGAACACCUCCCAGCCACACCAGCAGAGUCUCCAGCACAGCGAUUUGAAGCCCGAAUAGAAGAUGGAAAACUCUACUAUGAUAAGAGAUGGUACCACAAGAGCCAGGCUAUUUACCUGGAGUCUAAAGAGAACACUAAGAUCAGCUGUGUGAUCAGUUCUGUGGGUGCCAACGAGAUCUGGGUGAGGAAAACCAGUGACAGCACAAAGAUGAGAAUCUACCUGGGACAGCUGCAGCGAGGUGUUUUUGUGAUUCGUCGGCGAUCGGCUGCGUGACUGUAUGCUCUUCCUUGGUCUUUUUUUUUUUGAACUGAUCAAUAAGCCUCUAAUGGGGAAUGGCAGUCUGUUCACUCAUCUUAGCAGCAGAGAACACUGUCGUGACCUCUUACGAGACAGUUUGUGGCUGGCCACAUAAUCCCCAGUAGUCCUUAAAUCUUUAGUGAUACCCAAGCGCUGCCCUGGACUGUUUCUGGAUUUUUUGCAUCAAGCUUCUGUAUGCUUUCUUUAUAUUUUGGGUGA